UUAGGAAAAAAUAACAGAGCACUUACCAACUGGAGUUGAUGAGGUCUCUCCAAUUAGGAGAGACUACAUUUCUCAGUCUCGAAACGCAAGGAUGAUGAGCUCCUUCACCACCACCGUUUUUGGAGUCAUCAGAGAAGAAGCCACGAAAUCCACCAUCAAUGUCACAAAUUCACUAGCUGGAGUUGUUGCUGCUGAGAUCACUGGAGCCCCUGAGAUUCCAUUCCAUCCUGGUAGGCUGUUUCUUCGUGUUGAAAUCACUGAUGAUGGUCUGAUACAGACACCACCAUACUGUUCUUUUACUUUCAGGGUCGGUGCCACAAGGAGCGCUCUGCAGGAUUCGAGGGAGCAUGGACACAAAACCCUCUCAUUUUUAACAACUCCUAUCCCAAGAUCAGUUUCUUUGAUUCUGUUUCCUCGUGCUUGAAUUGGACUGGAGCUGAAUCAAAAGCUCUUGAAUCUUUUUACUAUUCGGGGAGAUCACAUUCUACUUUUAUUUGUCUUCUCAUCUUCCUCUUUCUGCAAGUAAUCUUUUCUUGAAAGGAAAAUGAUCUUUGUAGUUUGAGACGGUUUGGUUUGAACCAGAUAAUGUGCUAUAGACUUAUACCCAAGUGCAGCUAUCUGGAAACAAUCCUAGAAACUUUAUUCAUAAUCAAUUAAAACAUCGCUA